AUGUUGAACGAUAGCUAUACAUUUGAGUCAAAAGAAAAGAAAAAAGCUUUUGAUGUUAUUUGUGCAGAAUUUAAUUUAGGUCUUCACAGAGAAGCCAAUAGAAUGCGCCUAAUAGAAAAACUCGAUUCAUCUGAAAACACCUAUGUUUUUCAAAUAAAGGAUUACUACUGUCUUAUCCACAGUAAAAUCUAUCAGGCUGCAGAGAUUGUUUGUGCACAAACAUUCGUUGAUUGCUUUAUCAAAUUUGCACCUUGUUCGUUUAUUGCUACACGGUACCGCUUUACAUCGACCAACGGAGAAAAACAAGACAAUGUAGUUUGGAUUAAGGAGGAAGAAACACAAACAAAAUAUUUCAAAAGAUUGGUUAAUGAUUUAGAGGAAGGGGUAACCUACAGCACAUUUCACAAUGCUCAACUCUGUGAUAAAGAAUACAGGGCAAAGUUUUGUUCCCACUGCAAGCUGAAACAGGAGUUGAUUACAAAAUUUUUAUUCCAAAUAAAAGAAAGUAACGAAUCCGACCCUCAUACUGCACAAAGCUCUUUUGAUGACAGUUCUGACUAUGAAGACUAUUUGGAUUUUACAAAGCAGUAUCACUAUAUGGAUCAUAAGAUGCGAAAGCCGCUUAUCGAGUCGGCAUGGGAGGGAUACAGUGACAUUGUCAAAAUGCUGCUAGAAAUGAAAUGUGACAUCAAUGAAACCGAUAGAUUUGGGAGAACUGCUUUGUUUGUUGCAAUUUAUCGCAAUAACACUGAUGUGGCCAAAGAAUUGAUAUAUAGUGGUGCUUGUCAUUCCCUGUGCAAUAACAAAGGUCAAUCUCCGUUAUAUAUUGCUUCUAAAGAAGGAAACUAUGAAAUAGUAAAAGCUCUUUUAGAAAAGGGAGCAAGUACUGAAAGUUAUGAUAAAGACGGAAAUUCGUCGCUGAUUGUAGCUUCCAAAUGUGGUCAUAAAAACGUGGUAGAAGCAUUAUUGAAAUCAGAGGCUGAUGUAUCAAAAUGCAACAAUGAGGGUAAGUCGCCUCUUUAUUUUGCGUGUGUCCAUGGAGGAACGGAUUUGGUAAAUAUUUUGAUAAAACAUAAAGCAGACGUUAAUGCAUGCGAUAAAGAAGGCGUAUCACCCCUCCUUGUUGUUUCCAUUAAAGGUUAUGCACAUUUAUUAGAUGCGCUUAUUAAAGCAGGAGCGAAAAUAUCAAAACUGGACAGUUAUGGUAGAUCCUCUUUGAUUUUUGCGUGUGAAGGAGGAUUCGACAAUGUAGUUGAUAUUUUGAUAACUAAAAAUGCAAACAAAAUGCAAUGUGACCAGGAAAAUAGAUCGCCCUUAUUCAUUGCUUGUGAAAAAGGUCAUCCAAAAAUCGUCCAAUUGCUGAUAAAAGAUAAACCUGAUGUGAUAAACCUAUGCGAUGAAAAUGACAGGUCGCCAUUAUUUGUUGCAUGUGAAAAAGGAAGAUUUGAAAUUGCAAAAAUGUUAUUAAAGCACGAAGCAAACAUUAACUAUUUAGACAAUAAAAAGCGUUCUCCAUUGUAUGCAGCUUGUCGAUCUGGUUGCAUUGAUGUGGUUAAGCUUUUACAUAAAAAUGGGGCUAAAAUAGACCAAUAUAACAUAUGGGGUGGUUCACCUUUGUUUGUUGCAAGCAGGGAAAACAAUUUUGAAGUCGUUAAAUUUUUGAUUGAUCAACAUUCUGAUAUUUCAAAAGCAGAUUCAAAUGGAAAAACUUCACUGAUAGUAGCAUGCGAAGAAGGACGUGUGAAAAUUGUCAACUACUUGAUUCAAAAAGGGGCUAAUGUUAAUCAUUGUGAUAAAGAAAAAAGAUCUUCAUUGCACGCCGCGAGUUUUGGUGGUCAUGCAAAUAUUGUACAGUUGCUUAUAGACAAUAAGGCGGAUACAACUAUUCGUGAUUCUGAUGGACACACAUCUUUGGAGAUUGCUUGCAAAAAGAAUUUCCUAGAUAUAGUUGAAGUCCUCAGGAAAUAUGUUUGA